AUGCUAUGUUUUUGGUUCUUGUGGCUCCUGGUGGCCUGGGGUCAGGAAUGCACCCCUGACACCCGAGCAAUUCGUCGAGAAUGGGGCUCUCUCUCCAGAGACGAGCGUCUCGACUAUAUCAACGCCGUUCACUGUAUGCGAGAAAAACCGCCAAUCCUGCCAACGGAGCAAUACCCUGGUGUCCGGCAUCGAAUGGAUGACUUUGCAGCGACUCAUAUCAACUACACACUCAAUAUCCACCUAAGCGGGAUCUUCUUUGGCUGGCAUCGACGGUUUGUCUGGUUGUGGGAAAAGGCGAUGCGGGAGGAAUGUGGUUACCAGGGCUACCAACCAUACUGGAACUGGGCACUCUCCGCCAACAACCUAUCCGCGAGUCCACUCUUCGACGGCAGCGACACCUCGUUCUCCGGGGAUGGAGAUCCCCUCGAGAAUCCCAGCCCAACGAUGACCCUGGCACCCACAAACGUCACCAUCCCCAAUGGCUCCGGCGGCGGAUGCGUCAACACAGGCCCGUUCGCCGGCAUGGUUCUCAACCUUCCCGAUCUUGAUUCCGCCCCAGGCGACGUAUUCCCAGACAACGCCUUCGCCUACACCCCACGCUGCCUAACACGUAACCUAAACUCGUUUAUUGCACAAUCCUUUACAAGCCAGACGGAUGUUGAUCGCCUCCUCUCCUCGCCGGACAUUGUGUCCCUGCAACACAACAUGGACGUCAGUGUAUGGCCGGAGCUCAGUGAGGCGGGGAUCAUGGGCCCCCAUGCCGCAGCGCAUAUGCAGCUUGGCCGGGCAAUGGACGAUUUCUGGACCGCGCCGCAGGAGCCUGCGUUUAUGCUGCAUCAUGCAAUGGUGGACCGGGUGUGGACGCUGUGGCAGGCGCAGGACCCGGAGAACCGCCAGUAUGCGUUGAAUGGGACCAGCACGAUUGGGAAUGCGCCUACCACGCCGGACGUUGAUUUGGAUACCCAAGUUACGUGGGGGUUGCUGGGCGGAAAUAGGACUCUGCGGGAGGUGAUGAGUACCGAGGCGUAUGAGUUUUGCUAUGAGUAUGUAGAUACAUCAAGGCCUCCAGGCAAGGAGGAGCCAGAGCGUGUAGAUGCUUUAUUUGUAGCACUUGGAAAGCACCCAACCCAUCAACACAGCGUCUUCUCUCUCCGCCACUCUGAUUCUGCACCUUCCACGAGGCACACAAUGACCAAGCACAAUCACUUCGAAAGCUUCGAGCUCACGCCGGCCGACUACUGCUUCCCCAUGUUCUACGCGGGAUGUACAAUCUCUUUCCGGUUAACGCGUCCCGAGAGCGGAGUCUUCAUCCUGCGUGCGGCGGUCGAUCGACUGACAGCCCAUCUCCCCUUUCUGACGGGGGUCGUGGUGCCCUCGGUGGACAAAGUCGGGGUGAUGGAAGUGCAGCCUUCUCCUGGCGAUGCACUGGCGUCACACACACCGACUCCUCUCUGCACCGUUCAGCAGCUUCCACAUCUUCGACUGCCAUCCGAAUCAGAUUCAUCGCACCAGAAGAAUGUUGGGGCGUACGACCGCAAUGCAAGCCUCAUUAUGGCUCCUGUGCAGGUUGCCGCAUCCCCUACGCACCAUCCGGUCGUACGUUUUCAAAUCAAUGUGCUAGCCGACGGGAUCGUCUUCGCGCUAUUCGUUAAUCAUAUGGUGAUUGAUGGGACUGGGAUCGGCACUCUGCUUGAAUCGCUAGCCGCUUGCUGUAAUGCAGCCCCUUACCUCCCGAGUGACACUGCAUGCGAGGCUACUACGCGAGCAUACCUGGCUACACUUGAACGAGAGCCUGGCAAGCUGCCAGCUCAGACUGGUUCAGUCGAGGCUGCCGCGUCAACCGGGCACGAAGAGGUGCAUGAUGCGUCCCUGCUUGACUACAACUUUUUCAUAUCGGCUGAGAAGGUCCACCGACUGCGUCAAUGGAUCCAAAAGGCGAGCGCCGAGUCGGAGCAACCCCCUGUGUCUGAGGAUGACAUCCUCACCGCCGUCCUUUGGACCUGUCUGAGUCGAUUCCGCUUCCACCCGGUGCGCCAAGGGGAGUCUGGCUCUGCAUGUAUGCUCCAGCGAGUAGUCAACGCUCGCCACCGCUUGAACCCGCAACUGCCCGCUCACUACCUAGGAAACUGUUUCGUCAUGCUGAAUGAGUCCCUAUCUACCGCAGAGCUGGGGCCCGAAUCUCAACCCAAAACAGAAGAAGAAGACUUUGCCCGGCAGAUCGCCCCUGUCGCCCGCCUUUUGAGGAAGAGGCUCAACGACGUUGACGACCGCUUUGUGCGAGACUAUCUCUCCCAGUUUGCCAAGGCCAACGACUGGGCCAACACCUCUGUCCACGAGCCCGAUGUGGCGGUGACAAGUAUCCGGCGGCUGCGGGUCUACGAAGAAGACUUUGGGCCUGUUCUCGGCAAGGUGGUGGAAUUUGAGAUGCUGCCGUACAUGAAUCCCGAGGGUGUUUGUACCAUCAAGCCACGUCGUGGGCCUCGGCCUGCCUGGGAAGUCGGUGUGACGUUGGGGAGGCAGGAUAUGGGCCGUCUUCGGAGCGAUGCGAGGUUUCGUUGGUUGGUGGAACGGGAGUCUCCUCUGCGGAUUUUUGAGCCUGUGCUAUAA